UCGGCAUGAGCGUGUACCACAACGUACACGAGUUCCUGCACGCCAAUAAAACGCCUCUGAUGAAAUCAAGCAGCCCGAACAUCUUCUACACAAAACUUCCGGAACACCAUCGCUCAAACAAAUCACUGCCGUCACCGUUUACUGUCCUGAUUACGUCACCUGUACCGGAUGGAACGAUAGUCACCGUCGCUGCUGGGAAUGAUGAAACGCCAUCCGGAGAAGUGCGACAUGAUACGGCGAAAGUGAUUAGACAAGUGGCUCGUUUCAGCGACCUGCGGUUCGUGGGCAAAAGUGGACGAGGUGGGUCUCUUUUACACCAUUAA